AAAAAGGGUAACGAUACUGGUGGCCCCUUUGAAUGAAAUGUUAACAUUUUGAGUAAUGGUCCUGUGAGAUUCCUUCUCCCAAUCACCAUUUUUCCUUCCCCCAAUCACCCAAAUCACUCUUAAUCUAUUUGUUGCUUUUGUAGACUACUUAUUCCCUCUACGCUCCAAUAUCAUCGCCUGCAACCCUCAUCCGAAUUCCCUAUUCUUCGUUUACUCCGAUUACCGAAUUUGAUUGAUUCCUUGUCGAUUCAAACGUAUCUAUACCCAAAACCCUUAAAUUUUGCCGUUUUACGUUUGUCCUAUAAUCUUCCCUAUCUAAUUUCUUUGUGAGGGAUGGACGACUAUUUGAGCAGCGAUGAAGAUUAUCAUUACUCCGAUCAGGGCUCCGUGGAAGGCUUUGAAAACGAUGAGCCCGAUAUUCGGUUGGUCACUCCCAAGGGUCCUACAACUCUGGUGAUUACAAGGGAAUCACUUCUAGCUGCACAGAAAGAGGAUUUGCGCCGAGUAAUGGAAAUGCUAUCAUUAAGAGAGCACCAUGCACGUACUCUGCUUAUUUAUCAUCGUUGGGAUGUGGAGACAUUGUUUGAAGUGUAUGUAGACAAGGGAAAAGCUGCCUUGUUUGCUGAAGCUGGUGUUAGUGUGGAUGGACAGUGUGAUCCUGACCCAUCAGUUCCUUCUUCAGUCAGAUGUGAUAUCUGCAUAGAGGAUGUUCCCAGUCAUGAAGCCACAAGAAUGGACUGUGGGCACUGUUUUUGCAACAGCUGUGAGUUUAUGUGUUGGACAGAGCACUUUAUUGUCAAGAUAAAUGAGGGUCAAAGUAAGCGUAUAAGGUGCAUGGCACACAGAUGUAAUGCUAUUUGUGAUGAAGCUGUUGUGAGAACUCUUGUCAGUAAAAAGGACCCUGAUGUGGCAGAGAAAUUUGAUCGUUUUCUUCUUGAAUCCUACAUUGAAGACAAUAAAAGAGUCAAAUGGUGUCCCAGCAUUCCUCAUUGUGGGAAUGCAAUUCGUGUUGAGGAUGAUGAAUUAUGUGAGGUAGAAUGUUCAUGUGGCCUACAGUUCUGUUUUAGUUGCUUGUCAGAGACACAUUCCCCAUGUUCUUGUUUGAUGUGGGAGCUCUGGGCUAAGAAGUGUCGAGAUGAAUCGGAAACUGUUAAUUGGAUAGCAGUUCAUACAAAACCUUGUCCAAAAUGCCACAAACCAGUGGAGAAGAAUGGUGGUUGCAACUUGGUUAGCUGUAUCUGUGGUCAAGCAUUUUGUUGGCUUUGUGGUGGAGCUACUGGACGAGAACACACUUGGUCAAGUAUAGCUGGUCAUAGCUGUGGUCGCUACAAACAGCUAGAGAAAACAGCUGAACGGGCAAAGCGAGAUCUAUAUCGAUACAUGCAUUAUCAUAAUCGCUAUAAAGCUCACACAGACUCUUUUAAACUUGAAAGUAAAUUGAAAGAGACUAUACAAAGCAAGGUUGCUAUUUCAGAGGAGAGGGAUUCUACGCUCAGAGAUUAUAGUUGGGUAAAUAAUGGACUCUCCAGACUUUUCAGAUCUAGGCGUGUCCUGUCAUAUUCAUAUCCAUUUGCAUUUUAUAUGUUUGGAGAUGAGCUAUUUAAGGAUGAAAUGUCAGAAGAGCAAAGGGAAAUAAAACAACACUUAUUUGAGGAUCAGCAGCAACAGCUUGAGUCCAAUGUUGAAAAGCUUUCCAAAAUUCUGGAGGAACCCUUUGACCAGUUUACAGAUGAUAAAGUUAUGGAGCUAAGGAUUCAAGUCAUUAACCUGUCCACCAUUAUUGACAAUCUGUGCCAGAAAAUGUAUGAGUGCAUUGAGAAUGAUUUAUUGGGUUCUCUUCAAUUGGGCAUUCACAGUAUUGCUCCAUACAAGUCAAAGGGCAUAGAGAGGGCAUCAGAACUUUCAACUUGUUGGAACUAUAAAGCCAAUACUACUGGUGGAACAGCAGAACUCGAUCGGCCCUCUGGGUCUGGGAGUUCAGAUGAUAUUGGAUGUCCUUCUCAUAAGCGUGCUAGGAAAGAAGGUGCUGGUGGUGUCCUUUUUGAUCUAAACUUGCCAGCGGAGGUUGUAGACAGAAAUUGACUCUGAUGGAGACCUUAUAUAAAUACAAGUGUACAGCAUUUGGACGCAGUUGACGCAGAUGCAAGUUGGAGAGGGAAGCUUCUCCUUUUAUUGCUUCUAGUAGAGUCAUGGACUUCUCAAUGAUGACAUUAGGAGUUGCAUAUGAUUUGGGAAGAGUUUGGUUCUCAACAGGCGCCUUUGCCUAUCCCUAACGUCAAAAUUGGUGAGUUACGGAUGUGCACAACUGCACAAUUAACCCUAACAUCUGUAGACUCAGUUGCAGCUUAUUAGUACAGAAGAUUCUACGUCUUAUUCUGCAUAAAUUUUGCAGGCCGAUCUAAUUAUUAUGAGACGUAUAGAUCUUUUUUGCUGUCAAUUUAUCUUCUGCUUAGUGGGUCCACUAAAAUCUCAAUUACUUUAUUUUUAACGAGUUUUGGUGAUUGUGUCUGAUUGAAUUAAUGAGUUGUAUAGUUGUGCCUUCCAACGCAAUCUUAUGCAAACCUAAGUUGUAUAAUUUGCAGAAAGCUUAUUUUUCAUAUGUUCUCCUUAUUUCUUCCGCUGAAGAUCUAGGAUGAGCUGUCCCGUAGCAGUGUACAGCUGAUUCGAAGGUAUGGUUGGUACAGCAUACUCAUCUCACAGAGUUAUGCACUUUAAGGGCAAAAAAUAAACACUAGUUUAUAUUGAAUGAAGCUCAUUUUGAUUGGAGCAUGUUGACCAGUAAAUUUAUUCGAAACAUCUGUCUCCAUGUCCAUAGUUACGGAUCUGGAUCAGGUUCGCCCCAUUUAUUUCAAUUUGACUUUCGAAUUAUUUGUCAUCAGACUAUGAACUGGAAAUGGGGAGUCA